GGGCUGAUCGCCUCUAUGCUGGCGGCGCCCGGCAAGGACAAUCGGCCGUUGUUCGCUGCCAAGGACAUCAGCAAGUUCUACCGUGAGAAUGGUCCCAAGAUCUUUCCGCAGAAAGGCUUGGUUCAGGAAGCAUGGAACAAGCUCCGGGGCGGCCCCAAGUACGACGGCAAGUUCCUCCACGACAAGAUCGGGAGCCUGCUUGGGGACACCAAGGCGGCGGACACGCUGAGCAACCUCGUCGUGCCGGCGUUCGACGUGAAGCGAAUGCAGCCCAUCCUCUUGAACUCGUUCGAGGCCGAGAGGGAGGCGCACAAGAACGCGCGCCUCGCCGACGUCUGCAUUGCCACGUCGGCGGCGCCGACCUACCUGCCGGCGCACAGCUUCGACACCAGGCGCUCCGACGGCGGCAGGCCCCACGAGUUCCAGCUCGUGGACGGCGGCGUCGCGGCCAACAACCCCACCAUGGCCGCCAUGUCCCUGCUCACCAAGGAGAUGCACCGCAUGGGCAGGCAAGACGACGGCGGCGUGGGGGCAAGCGUGUACAGGAACAUCCUGGUCAUCUCCAUCGGGACGGGGAUCGCCAAGCAGGCGGAGAGGUACACCGCGGCGGAUUGCAACAAGUGGAACAUGCUCAACUGGCUCGCCUACGACGGCUUCAACCCGCUCAUCGACUUCUUCUACAACGCCAGUGUCGACAUGGUCGACAUCCACGCCGAGGUGCUCUUCGAGCUCCUCGGCUGCGAGGACAACUACCUGCGCAUACAGACUGACACGCUGGAGGGAGACACGGCGUUGGUGGACUGCACGACGGAGAAGAACAUGAAGGAGCUGAUCAAGAUUGGCAACGACCUGCUCAAGCAGAAGGUGGCGAGGGUGAACAUCGACACGGGUGUGUACGAGACCGUAGCAGGCGGGCUCACCAAUGAGGCGGCACUCAAGGAAUUUUCCGGGAAGCUCUCCGCGGAACGCAAACUUCGCCAGCCUGCCCGCGAGUGAACAGGGAGAAGACAUAGAAUAAAAAAGUCUUACACAUCAUAUAUACUCCCUCAGUCCCAAACUGUAGGUCGUUUUGUCUUUUUUAGGUGCAUAGGUGCAUACAAACAUCUUUAAACCUAUAAAAGUCAAAACGACCUUGAAACGAAGGGAGUAGGGAGCAGCAGCUAUCAGAGAACUUGAGUGCCUUUUUUAUUUUACUUUCAAAGUCUUUCAGUAGAGCACUCUGGUCACCUUUGCUCUUGAAACUUCCAAAUGGAUUUGAGCCACGUAUAAUUGUGUUCUCUACAUGCUACAGACUAAGGAAAAGUUGGCAACACAUCUUUUCUCGGAAUUUCCCUUUAA